AUGGAAACAAGAACUGGCCAAACGACAGGCGUCACGUCGCCCCUGCCGCUCACGUUUGAGGAAAUUGAUGACCUCAUCUACUCCGCACGUCUGGGAGACGUAGAUGCGCUGCGGACAGAUAUCACGAGCCUCAGCCAGAAAUACAGCUGUUCCGCUUCUGAUAUCAUACAGUCCGCUAUCGACAUGGAAGAUGAGAGUCAGGGGGGGACAGGGGCGUGCUUGUUGCAUUGGCCCGCUGCGAACGGGAAUAUUGAAACGCUCAAUUACCUCCUUAGCCUCCUCUCGACGACGCCAACACAAAGCCAAUCACAGACAACAGCUACUGCCCAAACAUCCCAAGACUCAACAACAACGGCAAUACCGAUAAGCCCGAUCAUAAACCAUCGGAACAACUCUGGUAACACUCCGUUGCAUUGGGCGGCGCUAAACACGCACUUAGAGUGCGUUAAGGCGCUCGUCCAUGCUGGCGCAGGCAUUGCCAUCAAGAACGACGCGGGCCAUGAUGCCGUCUUCCUCGCUGAGAGGUCAGGGUGGACCGCGUUGCCUGCAGAUGAUGAAAAAGGGGAAGAUGGAGAGACAGAAGCAACUACGAAUGGUGUGGAGGGAGAGGGAGAGGGAAGGAGGCCGGUUUCGAAGGGCAUGCAGGUUGCUGAGUGGCUGUUGGAAUGUGAGGAAGGGGAGGGAUUGGAGAGAGGGGCGGGGAUCCGGGGGAGCGAAGAUGGUGAUGGAGAUGCGGGGAGAAUGGAUGGGUUGGAAGGGGGAAAUUGA